CGCACGGCGCACUUUAUUCGCCGAUACAAAGCGUUCGUCGUGCCCGGUGUGAGUGUGAGGAAAAUAUCGCGCUGAACGUCGCCGUCGUCGUGUGCCCUCUUCGGCGCGCGCGGGCACCCCGCCGCCGAUGGCCGAUUUCAACUUCGGUUUGUGAAUGUGCUGCGCGGCGCGGUUUGUGUUGUAUUUUCGCGUUACUGCCCGCGCGCCGACAUAUUUUUCGCACCAUGCGUGCCAAGUGCCAGCGCCCUGCGCGCUUUUGCCAAAUAAACGAUAAUAAUAUUUACCGCACAUUCAAUUCGAAACUCAUUUACAUACAAGCAAUAUUUUUAUUGCAUCAACUUUGAACUUGAAAACAAAAAAAAAACACAAAAAGUGAACGUGAAUGAACGCAAAACAUAAAAAAUCAAAUAUAUAAUAAUGGAAAGCGAGAAAGUAACUGCGUCGAUGAUGCUGCUGCGAGUGUCGCAAUUUCAGACCGACGCCGAUAUGAGCAUCACCAGAGAGACCGCCGAGCGUCUCCAGACCCUCACCGGGCACACGAGUGACGUCACAUCUUGUGACUUUGCACCCAACUUUAAUUUAAUAACCGCAUCCAGUGAUAAAACCAUCAGAAUAUGGGAAUGGAUCCCAGGCACUGGUUUCACCGAAACCUCAAACUCGCCCCUGCGCGGACACAAAUAUGGCGUGACCUGCGUGCGUGUAUCACCCCAGGGUUCAAUGUUUGCCAGCGCGUCCAUCGAUGGCACCGCAGUGUUAUGGAACCUGCAGGCCGCUACCAAAAUAUACACAAUGGUGCAAGUAAAUGGGGACGCAAUACGCGUGUGCAGAUUUGCACCGGAUAGUUCAGUUUUGAUCACAGAGGGCGACAACGGCGCAAUAUGCAUAUGGGAUCUAGUCCAUCGGAAUCUAAUCCGGACGAUAUUCGUCCAUGAGGGUACCACCCAAGGCCUGGCUUUUACACCAGACUCGCAAUAUUUUGUCAGUGGAUGUUCACUGGAGAUUAUCAUCGUUUGGCAUCUACAGGAUUGUUUGGAUACUACUAAUGAUGGUCCUGUUUCACCUGCAUGUGAAGUGGACAAUGCGCAUGAUUUAGGGAUACUUGGAAUGGACAUAUCGAAUAAUUUUAGAAUUGAUGACGAGGACCCGUUUACGAAAUACUACACCCUAGCAGUUUGUGGUAAUAGCGACGAGAUCAGCAUUUGGACAAUCAAGGCAACCACAGUUCCCAAACACAGAAACUCCGAGAAUUUCGUAUCUAUUGAACCUACCGGGACGUUUUCCGGUCACACUUCAGCUGUAACCUGUGUUAAAUUCAGCGGAAGUGGAUUAAACCUUCUUUCCUGCAGUUUGGACAAACUAAUCAAAGUAUGGGAUAUGAAUGGGGCAACACUUUUUACUCUACAGGGUCAUCAACGUUAUGUAAACUGUGUAGCAUUCUCGCGUGAUAUGUCCCUAAUUAUUUCAGGUUCCACAGGUUCCAAUGAUAAGAGCGUCAUCAUUUGGGACAUGACCAGCGCGUUAACCCUAGAAUCCGAAUUGAAGACCCAUGCGAUGGCUAGGGCCGAAGGAGUGCAAGAAGAAAUGGUUAUGAAUGCUGAUGCGCAGGAUACUGUUGAACUCGUGGAGAAAAUUGAAGAUCUUUUUGAAGGAGCCAUCAACUCCUGUAGUAUAUUUAAUACUCUGGUAGCAACUGGUUCCAGUGAUAAAAUGAUAAGGCUGUUCAACAUAUCAGAAGACAACACCUUGGAAGAAUCUACACUCUCCCCAAUUGAAGGACAUUCAUAUUCCGUGAACCAUGUAGAGUUUAAUUCUGAAGGGACCAUGUUAGCUACUUGCUCGCUUGAUGGUUGGACUAAUAUUUGGAACCCUUCAAAUGGUGAUAAGAUAAAUUGUAUCCCAGAAAACAAAUUAAGCGUAAAAGUGUGCAGUUUCUCGCCGGAUGGUAAAUACCUCAUCACAGCUGGUGAUGAUGAAGUAGCAAACAUCUGGGAAGUUGAAACAAUGGAACUAAUUUGUAAUUUGGAAGGACAUUCCGAUGCAAUAACCUCAGCCCGUUUUUCUCCCGAUAACGCCAUCAUAGUAACAAUCUGUGCAAACUCAGAUUUCCGCUUGUGGGUAAUGGACAAUAACUUUUUCAUUCGUGAUGAUGCACAUGACUUGGGUAUUUUGGACUGUGAUUUCUCACCUAAUUUGGAACCAAUUCCCAAUUCGCAUUUAAUUGAAGUGCAGAAUUAUUUAUUGGUUACAAGUGGGAAUGAUGGGUUUGUCAAAUUAUGGACAAUUACACUACCAAAAGGUGAAGAUGAUGAAGUCCUAUUUGAACACGUAGAAGUAAAACUAUGGAGGAACCUUCAAGGACACGGUGGUAACGUAUAUUGCGUGCGAUUCUCCCCUGGAGCUGGAGAACUUGUCUGUUCAACAUCAACUGAUAGACAAGCACGUAUCUGGUCAGUGUACAGCGCAAGCUGCCUCCACGUUUUAGACCAUGAUAGCAUCGUCACAAGCUGCGCAUUCAGUCAAAACUGCGAGAUAUUAAUCACAGGGUGUUUGGAUAAAACACUAUGGGUGUGGAAAUUACCUCAACAAUUAGUUUUUCAGACUGUAGUUGCAGCAAAAUUAAAAUCCCGAGUUAAAAUCCUUGCAGAUUGGUCUGUCCACGAAGUCCUCAAGUGGAUAACCGACGUGGGCCUUACAGAAAUCCGCGAAAACGUCCUCAAUACUUGCUUAGACGGCGAGAAAAUUAUAAGAUACAGUGAAGAAGAACUUGCAUCCGGAUUAGAAAUUGAAGAUGAAGAACUCCUAGAAAAAGUCCUCAAUGAACUCCGCUGGUUGAAACAAGACGAACACUACUUCAACUCAACCUAUUGGACAAAAGUGGAAGAAAUACCCGAUGAAUACAUCUGUCCAAUCACCCAAGAGAUCAUGCGUGAACCGGUCACCAUUAGCGACGGUUUCACUUAUGAGAAACAAGCAAUCACCGAAUGGUUCAUGUCCGGAAAGUACACCAGCCCGAUGACUAACCUCACGCUAGAAAACACCGACUACCAACUCAACAGAGACCUCCGCGACGAGAUACACAAGUAUUUAUACAAUACAGAUGAAUAGGAUUGCAAUGAUUAGCAUUACGAGUAUUUGCGCACGCCAUAGAACACCAAAUCAAGUAAAAAUAACUAUAACUACGUAACUAACAAAGACUGUACAAUGCCUUUCAAACAAGCGACAAACUUGUGACUUAAUCCGUAAUUCAGCAAUUAUUACAAACUCAAAUAAUCAAUUAAUAAUAUAUGGAAAUGUUGUUUUCGAGCGAGAUUUUGAUAAUUACACCAAAUCAAAAGCGUAAUGUGAUGUAAAACCCUAAGUUUGUACGCACCUAUUAGAUAUUUAUUCGAUUAUUCUAGAAAAACUGUUAAUGUUGACGUUAUUUUCGGUCUGAAGUUGUUUGAAAUCAAAAACAUGCACUUAUGUAUCGAUAUUGUGAUAUAUUUACUAUGUAUUUCGCGUUUACAAACAAUAAAAACCAACUAUCAAAUCUGAUAAACAA